AUGAUGUGGAAUGCGAUCAUUUUCGGUCCCGAAGGAACGCCGUGGGACGGUGGACUGUUCAAGCUCUCGAUAGAAUUCACGGAGGACUACCCGAACACGGCACCGAACGUCCGCUUCGCUUCCAAAAUAUUCCACCCCAACAUCUACGCUGAUGGCCGCAUCUGCCUGGACAUUCUCCAAAACAAGUGGAGUCCGAUCUACGACGUCGGCGCGAUCCUCACGUCGGUCCAGUCCCUGCUGUCGGAUCCAAACUGCGACUCGCCGGCGAACGCCGAGGCCGCCCAGCUUUACAGAGAGAGCCGACGGGAGUACUUGCUGCGGGUUAGAGCGGUCGUUGAAGAAAGCCUCAUUGCCGCGGCCCAGGAGUGCGGCGACCAACUGUGA